AAUGUUGGAUAAUACGAAUGAAUUGGUUUCCAAGUUCCGGCAAGCACGUGAUCGCUUUGAAAAUGCAGAAUUGGUUGAUUUGAAAGUUGAGCUUAAAAUAAGCAGAUCACAGAGUGGUAGAGAGAAUCACAUAGCAUCUUCUGAUGAGGUGGCAGGUAUAAUGGUUGGCAGCAGUGACAGCACAUCUCCUGAUCGUGACAUUAUAGUUGAGCAGAAAUUUGGUGGCUUGAAAAGAAUAUCAUAUAUUCACCCCCAAACUGAUGGCCCUGCAAUAUCCGGGCUAUUGUUUCCAGCUGGUGAGGAUGGUUAUCAUAACAGAAUACGUUUCCAGAGUGCUGACAAGGAUUCAGAAAAAGAAUCUGACAUGAUAUCAAUGAUGGACUAUUACUCCUAUAAAUUCCAAGUCAGGCAAAAUGAAGGCAUGACUCCAAGAUUAGGAGGAAGGCUUUUCCAGCAGUACAUGGUCGAUGCAUUUUCUACCAUGGAACAGACACGUUUGUGGUGGUUUCGUACUCACCAGACUAUUUUGCGUAACGAAUUGUAUACACACAUUUGUGAUUCUAUGAAGAGUGGAGAUGUAAAUGCAUCCAACGUAGGUAAAGGUGUCAUAUUGCCAGCUGGAUUUGUAGGCUCAAAGCGCUAUAUGCAGCAAAAUUUCCAAGAUGCGCUGGCUGUUUGCAGGCAUGUUGGACAUCCGAACAUAUUCCUCACAAUGACAUGUAAUUCAAUGUGGGAUGAAAUUCAGCGGAUGAUGACAUUUUUACCUGGCUGCAUUCCAGCCAAUAGCCCUGAUAUUAUUUCCAGAGUUUUUCGAUUGAAGCUGGAGCAAUUAACAACUGACAUUAAAAAGAAGGCUCACUUUGGUACAUGCAUUGGAGUGAUGUAUGUUGUCGAAUUCCAAAAAAGAGGAUUGCCCCACGUGCAUAUGCUAAUUUGGCUUGACGGUCCUUCAAAAAAGUUUUUAAAAGAGAAUGUCGACAAAUUUGUAUCGGCUGAGAUUCCAGAUCCUGCUGUUGAUCCCGCCGGCUAUGCUGCUGUCAGAAGUUUUAUGAUGCAUGGUCCAUGCGGCUUACAAAAUCCGAAAUCUCCGUGCAUGAAGAAUUUCAAGUGCAUUCGUCACUUUCCAAAAAAGUAUUGCCCGAAAACAGUAUUUGAUGACAGUGGAUUCCCAAUUUAUAUGCGCCGCAAGCAAGAUGUCACCGUUCAUGUACACAAGUCUGAUUUAGACAAUAGAUGGGUUGUCCCGUACAAUAGGGAUUUAUUGGUCAAGUAUCAAUGUCAUAUGAACAUUGAAAUUUGUGCCCAUGCUCGGAGUAUAAAAUAUCUUUUCAAAUACUGCCUCAAAGGCCAUGACACUGCAACUGUGGAAAUUACUGGCCGUCGGAAGAGAAAACAGAAUGAAAGCACUGACCAACCAGUAGAUGAGAUACAAGCUUACUUUGACGGAAGAUAUGUUUGUGGAGCUGAAGCGGCUUAUAGGAUAUUUGGAUUUCCCAUUCAUCACAGAACUUUGUCUGUUGAACGCUUGCCAUUUCAUUUGCCAGGUCAAAAAAACUGUACAUUUCGUGCCAAUGAGCCUUUGGAACGAGUUGUGGAUCGAGAGAAAGAAAGGCUUAGUAAACUGGAAGCAUUUUUCGUGUUGAAUCGUUUUGAUGCUACAGCGCGAUGUUAUACGUAUGAUGAAAUUCCACAGCACUACGUUUGGAAUGACACUGAAAGAAGGUGGAAUCCAAGAAAAAGUGGCAAGCAGAUUGGUCGACUUUCUUACACUCAUCACAGCAGUGGUGAGGUUUGGUACUUGCGUAUGCUCCUGACCAAAGUCCGAGGCCCUACAUCAUUUGAAGAUAUAAGAACUGUAAAUGGUGUACUUUGCCAGUGUUUCCGUGAUGCAUGUAAAGAAUAUGGAUUGCUCGACGAUGACAAAGAGUGGCAUGAUGUGUUGGAUCAAUGUGCAGCUGGUGGAUUGCCUCCUCAAAUCCGCCAACUCUUUGUGCACAUCAUAGUCAAUUGUAAAGUCACUGACUUGGCAAAUUUGUGGAGAAAGCACUGGAGACAAAUGGUAGACGACAUUUUGUUGAAGCGCCGAUUGCUCAGUGAAAAUCAAAAUUUAAUUCUUAAUGAUUUGCAGCUGCAGUUCUAUGCCCUUGCAGAAAUAGAUGAAUUGCUUCGAGCAAUUGGGAAAAGUUUGAAAAACUACUCCCAGUUGCCACAGCCUCCAGAAACUUACCUCCAACAUGGGACAAAUAAUUUGAUUAUUGAGGAAACCAGCUACAACCUUGCUGAGAUGAAGUGUCAGCAUGACAAACUACUUGCCAACUGCAAUGAGGAGCAACUUGGUGUUUAUAGAGCUGUCUUGGAUUCAAUUGACACUAAUGAAGGUGGAUUAUUUUUUCUUUAUGGAAGUGGUGGAUGUGGGAAAACGUAUGUUUGGAGAACUCUAAUUGCAAAGUUAAGAUCUCAGGGUGAUAUUGUUCUCCCAGUGGCCUCCUCUGGGAUUGCAGCAACACUUCUACCCGGUGGGCGCACUGCACAUUCUCGGUUCAAGAUUCCCAUAGUACUUGAUGAUUUUUCGCUCUGCAAUAUUGCACAUAAUUCUGACAUAGCAGAACUCAUCAAGCAGACAAAGUUAAUUAUUUGGGAUGAAGCGCCAAUGCAGCAUAGGUAUGCGUUUGAGUGUUUGGAUCGCUCACUCAAGGAUAUAAUGAAAUCUGUCGAUCCUAGGCGAGCUACCUUGCCAUUUGGUGGCAUUACUGUUCUGCUUGGUGGAGAUUUCAGGCAAAUACUACCUGUCAUUACUCAAGGAGACAGGAGCGAAAUUAUGUCAGCGUGUAUAACUAGAUCGCGACUUGGGUCAAUUUGUAAGAUUUUUCUGCUAACCCGUAAUAUGAGGCUCAAUCAAGGAAGCACUACAAAGGAAGCAGAAGAACUACUUCAGUUUGCUAACUGGGUCUUAGCUGCUGGAAACGGCCAACUCGCUGCUCCAGAUAGUAAUCAAUUUCCAAAUGCCAAAGAAGAUGAUAUCUUAGUGCCACAACAGUUUUGUGAUGUUAGUCAACUGAAUUCUGUUGAAAAUAUGAUAUCAACUACCUUCCCAGAUUUUGAAGACAAAUGCAGAGAUCCCAAGUACUUGAGCGAAAGAGCAAUUCUCACUCCGACUAAUCAAACUGUAAGUCAUCUUAACUCACUUAUUGUCGAGAGAAUGCCAGCUGAAUCUGUGUCAUACUAUAGUGUGGAUAGUGUUGAGGAGUUUGGCGGAACAGAGGAGGAUUUCAACUUAGCUUUCACAAUAGAAUAUCUGAAUGCUAUGAAUGUGCCUGGCAUGCCACCCCAUGAUUUGAAAUUAAAAGUUGGAGUUGUUGUUAUGUUGAUGAGGAAUUUGAACCAGACACUUGGUCUAUGUAACGGAACAAGGAUGAUAAUCACCAAAUGUCUCAAGUUUUGUGUAGAAUGUGAAGUGAUCUGUGGUUCGUUUGCUGGGACACGACAUUUUAUUCCAAGGAUGGAAUUAUGUCCAUCCGAUACUCGGCUGCCUUACAAAUUGGUCAGAAAGCAAAUGCCAUUGCAAAUUUGCUACGCAAUGACUAUCAACAAAGCACAAGGCCAGUCACUCGAAACUGUCGGACUUUAUCUUCCGAAAGGAGUUUUUACACAUGGCCAAUUUUAUGUUGCAAUUAGCAGAGUCACGUCUCCUCAAGGAUUAAGGAUUUUUAUUGAUGAUGAAAGUGGUCAGCCUACUAAUGUCACCCAAAAUGUUGUUUACCAAGAGGUGUUCUACUAUUUACCAAAAGCCUAGAUGAUGUUAAGCAAGUUUCAGAACUUUUGUAAUUCAAUCACAGUACUGCAUAUCAGUAUUGUAAUGUAAUUGUAGUUGGCACAUGUAAUCUGCAACAUUUUUACAUUAAUAUGGAUCCAUUAUAUUUCACAGCUACAAAAUCCAAAUUUACAGUGCCAAAAAAAAUCAUGUCUUGCAUAACAAAACUGCAAGCAAUUUGAAAGCAUUGUGCAAAUACAAUACUGUUUUACCCUAAUGCUUUCAGGCAGAAAUUAUAGUCAGAAAUUAAAACUACCAAAACUUCUCAUGCAUUUCAAUAUAUCUGCAAUCAAACCAAAGUCAAAUAACAAAUACAUGAGAAGAGGGGCCAUAAAUCUCUGCGGCAGAUAACAGAAGAUAGUUUUAAUAAACAUUGAUACAGAUUUACUUGAUCAAAAGCAAAAGACUGCCAAUGUUAACGUUCACAAGUUUUCAGCCAACCAUCUCCUAAAAGAGCUACAUAUGUUAAAGCAAAAGACAGCUAAUGGAAGCUAACCCAAAAUUAUAACCAAAGAUUGAUUCUAAUAAUUAUCAUCCAUGACCACUAUUAGCUACUACUGCAAAGGACUUUUUCUAUCUUUCAACACCAACUUCAAAGGUUUUCCCACCGAUGUAAUCGAACAAAAGACUGUUCCCCUCAGCAAGUUCAUUAACAAUUGUGAAUUCAGUCCAUCCUCUGCCAAAGCGGCACUGCUUUCCAAUGCGCAGAACACAAACGCAAGAGAUAUUGCCUUCACACAGCAGCCUCACUGUGGUCAAUGGCUUCCAACUCUGAUAACCAGAGUAUAUACUGCGAGGACAGUACUGCAUUGCCAAAAAAAAUAAAUAAAUAAAACAUCAUAUGCCACUAAAAAAACAACAUCAAAUAUUUUCAUACUUACCACACCAUGUGCCUUUUUGUCGACAUGAGAUUUUUUCAAAAGGAUGCGAAAUGACAAAUUAUUUUGCUCAUGCUCAUGAACUUCUUCUGCCAGCUCCUCCACUGCAUAUCAAGUUUGAAAAGCUCAAAAUAUAAUCCAGGUAAUAAAAACAAAUGUCACAGUGGAUGUUAAAUUCCUAAUUACCUGGAAUUUGACCAUUCUCCAUUUCUGAACUCUCCUCACCUAACGCAGAAACAGGUUAAAUAUGAGUAUUAUCAAACUACUUAAUAGCAGUUCACAUAACAUUUUAAUUUUUGCUCUACAACAUGUAUUUCUUACUUGAAUCGCUGCUGUCGGACAGCACAACAACUUCUUCACGAAGAUCAGAUAAAGAUCCCAUUAAAUGACCUUGCUUCUUAGCUUUGUAUUUGUAUGCCAUACCAGAAGACUUGAACCAAGAUACGGCAAAGGUCGAAUCAGUUACAUAUGUGAAGACCAUUAUGUCAUUAUGUUCAAUGUCAUAUUUGUCAGCCAAAGCCUUAAGCCCAUAGAAAUAAUUUCCAGACACACAGAAAUCAAUUGCAAAAACUUCUCCGUCACCCAUAACCAGUUGCACAUGCUUAUUCUUGCAUCCACCAGCGAUUUGCGUAAACACUUUUGGGAUUUCCUAACAAUUACUUUAAUAUUAGUUAUAUUAUGACUCUUAUUUAAAUUAUGCCAAAAAUAAAAAUUAGCAUACCAUUUGUCCAGCAUAUAGAAAAACAUCAGUCACAAUUUUGAACCAGUUGGGAACACCAGUCUUAUGUCCAAUUCCUAACAAAAAUUGGGAAAAUGAAAAUGCAAAAUAGGUCCACAAGCAACAAGUUGGUGUAAUGCAAUAGUGAGUCAAACUUUUACCUUUCUCAUUACAUUUUGAUAGCAGAUCACCUUCAUAAACACAAAUCUGGAACUUGCGUGGUGUGCCAGUUAGGUGAAAAGAACAAGUAUCACCUUCAUUCAAUUGGCCGCCCAUUGCAAAUUCAUUCCAUUUGCUAUCCAUAUAAGCUUUUCCAUUUUUCCACUUCAACAUAACUACAAAUGUGAUAUUCUUGAAACUCAGAUGCACACAAUCUAUUGACUCAUCAAGACCAACCUUUCUACAGGCCUUCCUCUUUAGAACCUAUUAUUGCAUCGAAAAACAAUCACUGACAUGAAAUUCAAUAAUAGUUAAACAAAUCAAUGAUCAUACGAGACAUUAUACCUUUAUGUAAUCCUUCUUGCGUAGAUGACUUUUGCGUAUAGGAAGAUCAUAUAGCGCCGACCCACUUCUAUAUACAUUUGAAGACAUAAUGCCAUAUAGUCUGUCUAGCUCAAUUUCAGAGAAAUUGAAAAAAUCUCUAUCCACAGCUUCUGAGCUCUCAGCAUUUUCAGCCACAAGGUAAUUAACUUCCACACCAUAAGGAUUAUAAAUCUUUACAUUGAAAUUUGGACCACCAAUAUACUCCAACUCAAUCAUGUGAUAUGGCUUAACAGAAUAAUAGAUCAUCAUCUUAUCUAAAUCUUGAAUCAAAUUUUUUGGCUUGCUAUAUAAUCCAUUCCAAACAACUCCAGGCGGCACAUGUAACAAAACUACAUCAGGUACAUUCUCAGAAACAUCCAUACAGAAACUUUUUGGUAAAAUCUAAAAAAUUUUCAAAAAACCAAUAUGUUAAAUAGCUGAUUUAGGCUUAAAGUACAACCACACGAAAAAACAAAUAUAUUACCAGUAUUCCAGGAAUGUAAUUUGAAGCAGAGUUGGGGCAAACCAUUUUCUUUCCUUUUCCUUCAAAAAUCAUAUCCAUUUUUGCUGCUUCAACAAAAAAUUGAUCUAUCAUUAAUCCAGAGACAAAAGUACGCAACAAGAGUAAUCAAACUUUUAUCUAUCAGUAAUACAGAGAAAAGAUACAAAGAAUAAAACAAUACCUUCUCCACCUUUUAUUAAACACCUGAAAUCCAAAAAGAUUAAGAAUAAACAAACUUUUAUCUAUUGGGAAAAUGAUUUGUCUUUGCUUAAGAAGAAAAAGUGAAAAGAAGAUACCUGGAGGACGAAGACGCCAUGCAAAUUCAACCUUUCUCACAGAGUUACAGUAACAGUCACUUCCUUGGAUAGAAAAAGUCCACUCAAAACGAAAAGUUAAAAGGCCAUACCGCCAUAGUACAUAUUAAUUAAAUUUUGCAGACAAAAUGGAUGUCAAAUCCUAUUUUUAGUGGCUCAAUAAAGUUAACGUUAUGAGUGUAGUUACAGUUUUACAGUUUUAAAUGUCUUCUCACAUUGUACUUCUAAUAUCCUAUAUUUAUUUCAAAUUUUUUCAGG